AAUGAAGGGGUUUAAUUGUAAUAAAACUUUCCGUCUCCGUUUUCUCAGAAUCCUCUAAAUUCAUUCAUCGAUUCCAUUCAGCACCGUCUCUCACCAGCAAAUCUAGGGAAGGAAGAGAAACGAUUGAAAAAAUGAGUUCGAAAGUCCUGGGAUUUACGUUAGUUCUGACCUUAGGGUUCUUCUUGACCCGGAUCCACUCUCUCCGGUUCGAUCUCCAAUCGGGUCACACCAAAUGCAUAGCUGAGGACAUGAAGAGCAACGCCAUGACCGUCGGCAAGUACCACGUCGUCAACGCCAAUGAAGGAUACCCUUUGCCCGAUACUCACAGAAUCACCGUUCGGGUGACAUCGUCGUACGGGAAUACCUAUCACCAGGCAGACAAUGUGGUGGAAGGGCAGUUUGCCUUUCAGACAGCAGAAGCCGGGGACUACAUGGCUUGCUUCUUUGCUCAAGAUCACAAGUCUCCCGCCACACUUAGUGUGGACUUUGAUUGGAAGACGGGGAUUGCCGCUAGAGACUGGACGAAUGUUGCAAAGAAAGGCUCCGUUGAAGCAAUGGAAAUAGAACUAAAGAGAAUGUAUGAGACUGUACAAUCCAUUCAUGAUGAGAUGUUCUAUCUUCGUGAAAGAGAGGAGGAAAUGCAAGAGCUAAAUAGAUCAACUGUUACCAAAAUGAACCUGCUGUCCUUUGUGUCACUUGUUGUUUGUUUGUCCGUGGCUGGGCUUCAGGUAUGGCAUUUGAAGACCUUUUUCGAAAAGAAGAAGCUUAUAUGAUGUUGUAUUGUCUCUUUUAUAUCAAGUCUCUUUUUAUGUACAAUCAAACCUUAGAUCAAUAUGCCGAAGGAUAAAUGAACAGUUUUCGAUGAUUUUCCUUUUCGUGUCAUUUUCCUGAAAUUGCGGCUGAAACUUCGUUAUUGUUAUUCCCUCUAUUCUGCUUCAAUCAUGCAUUCACUUUGGUUUUGUUUGGCAUAUGGAAUGGUCAAACAACUAUUAUGGGUUUCAGUAUACUGAAUAU